AAGCAACACUGUCCGUCCCUCUAGUGAUUUUGACGUUUUACUAGUUUUCCGCAAAUCUUAUUUUUUUUCGGCAAUUUUCUACUGUUGCUACUGUUUCAGCCGCCUGUGAAAUUAAAAGUGAUAAAAGUGGAAAUCCAGAAUAAAUCAUGGCUUACGAUCUGAAGAAGGAAUCGGAUGUUAAGGAGUACAUAGAGAAGUUGGGCAUCGAAUAUCGUUUCGGUUGUUAUUCAGAGAAGAAACCUGAGGUUUGCCAUUUGCUCGGUGACUACUUGGAGGGCAUUAAGAAAGACUUUGAAAAGGCGGCUAAAGUAUACAAAUCCACAUGCGAUGAUUAUGGCUAUGCAAAGUCCUGCUUCAAAUUUGGUAACUACAGCUUUUUGGGUAAAGGUAAAAGCGGCAGCAAGGGUGAUCCACGUAGCGCAUACACAUAUUACGAAAAAGGCUGUAUUCUAAACGAUCCAGAUGCUUGUUUACAUACAGGACUGCUGCUGGUAUCACGUUCCAUGCAUAAGGAGAUCGACCGGAAUGUGCCGAAGGGCAUCGAGUUCCUAUCAAAGAGUUGCGACAUGAAUAAUGCCACCGCCUGUUUCUACCUCUCUGGCAUGCAUAUAUCCGGUGUACAGAAGAAGGCGGAAAUAUCAACGCACCUUAGCACACCUGAUACUAACAAAAAGGCGGCGUCGAAAGACAGUGACUUCAUCCUACAAAAGGAUAUGAAGAAGGCAUUCGAAUUCGCGUUUAAAGCUUGUGAGCUUCGCAAUAUGUACGCAUGCGCAAAUCUAAGCCAAAUGUAUGCGCGUGGCGAUGGCAUUGAAAAAAAUGAUAAAGAAGCUGAGAAGUAUAAGAAAAUGGCAUUAGAAAUGCAAGAUGAAGUGAAGAAACAACAGCAGACGCUUGAUUUUCAACAGGGCAUAAAAAUGCCUAACUGAGUGUGAAGGAGCGAGGGGAAGUUUGUGUUUCGAGCGCUACCAUAAAUUGUAACAAUUUAAGCGCAAAUUAAGGAAAACAAACAUUGAGACGCGGCAAUAGUAAAAGUAGCUGACUUUUUAUUAAUUAAAUUAACGAUAUUUGGAGGGAAAAACAAAAAAAAGCGAGAAAUGUAAAAAAAAAUAUUUAGUUUGGGCAACACCUUAAUUUGUAAAUACAUAUAUAACUACCAGGAAAAAUAGAAGCCUUAGCAGAGACAAGAAUCCUGGCAAGAGCAUAGUUAAUGCGUGACAUUUUGAAAUUUAGCUUCCUCGCUUUUGUUAGGCAAGGCUAAUUGUAUAAGUUAAAGUUAAUUCAAUGUUCGUUUUUUUUUUGUGAGCGGUUCACAAUUCAAAU